AUGGAUGAUAUAAUGAAACACAAGAGGCCUGGGGCAUCUCAACGCUGCUCCCAGCCAGUCAGUCAGUCCUGGGGUAUCUCAACACUGCUCCCAGCCAGCCAGUCAGCCAGUCAGUCAGUCCUGGGGUAUCUCAACACUGCUCCCAGCCAGCCAGUCAGCCAGUCAGUCAGUCCUGGGGUAUCUCAACACUGCUCCCAGCCAGCCAGUCAGCCAGUCAGUCAGUCCUGGGGUAUCUCAACACUGCUCUGAGUCAGUGAGUAAGCCAUUCAGUCAGUGAGUAAGCCAUUCAGUCAGGGAGUAAGCCAUUCAGUCAGUGAGUAAGCCAUUCAGUCAGCGAGUAAGCCAUUCAGUCAGCGAGUAAGCCAUUCAGUCAGCGAGUAAGCCAUUCAGUCAGCGAGUAAGCCAUUCAGUCAGUGAGUAAGCCAUUCAGUCAGUGAGUAAGCCAUUCAGUCAGUGAGUAAGCCAUUCAGUCAGUGAGUAAGCCAUUCAGUCAGCGAGUAAGCCAUUCAGUCAGCGAGUAAGCCAUUCAGUCAGCGAGUAAGCCAUUCAGUCAGUGAGUAAGCCAUUCAGUCAGUGAGUAAGCCAUUCAGUCAGCGAGUAAGCCAUUCAGUCAGUGAGUAAGCCAUUCAGUCAGUGAGUAAGCCAUUCAGUCAGCGAGUAAGCCAUUCAGUCAGUGAGUAAGCCAUUCAGUCAGUGAGUAAGCCAUUCAGUCAGCGAGUAAGCCAUUCAGUCAGCGAGUAAGCCAUUCAGUCAGCGAGUAAGCCAUUCAGUCAGCGAGUAAGCCAUUCAGUCAGCGAGUAAGCCAUUCAGUCAGCGAGUAAGCCAUUCAGUCAGUGAGUAAGCCAUUCAGUCAGUGAGUAAGCCAUUCAGUCAGUGAGUAAGCCAUUCAGUCAGUGAGUAAGCCAUUCAGUCAGUGAGUAAGCCAUUCAGUCAGCGAGUAAGCCAUUCAGUCAGCGAGUAAGCCAUUCAGUCAGCGAGUAAGCCAUUCAGUCAGCGAGUGAGCCAUUCAGUCAGUGAGUAAGCCAUUCAGUCAGUGAGUAAGCCAUUCAGUCAGUGAGUAAGCCAUUCAGUCAGCGAGUAAGCCAUUGUCAGUGAGUAAGCCAUUCAGUCAGUGAGUAAGCCAUUCAGUCAGUGAGUAAGCCAUUCAGUCAGCGAGUAAGCCAUUCAGUCAGCGAGUAAGCCAUUCAGUCAGCGAGUAAGCCAUUCAGUCAGCGAGUAAGCCAUUCAGUCAGCGAGUAAGCCAUUCAGUCAGUGAGUAAGCCAUUCAGUCAGUGAGCCAGUCAGUCAGUGAGUAAGCCAUUCAGUCAGUGAGCCAGUCAGUCAGUGAGCCAGUCAGCCAGUGAGCCAGUCAGUCAGUGAGCCAUUCAGUCAGCGAGUAAGCCAUUCAGUCAGCGAGUAAGCCAUUCAGUCAGCGAGUAAGCCAUUCAGUCAGCGAGUAAGCCAUUCAGUCAGCGAGUAAGCCAUUCAGUCAGCGAGUAAGCCAUUCAGUCAGCGAGUAAGCCAUUCAGUCAGUGAGUAAGCCAUUCAGUCAGUGAGCCAGUCAGUCAGUGAGCCAGUCAGCCAGUCAGCCAGUGAGCCAGUGAGCCAGCCAGUCAGUCAGUCGGUGAGUCAGCCAGUCAGUCAGUCAGGCUAUAAAUGUACCUAUUUCCGGGACAACAUAGCUAAUACAGUAUUAUAGAGAUGCUGUUUUAGUUUACAGACAUGGCCAGAACAGCACUGUAGAGGUGAAAUGUGCGUAUGUCCUAUUUUCUCACAUGUUCUAAUGUUCUCUCUCUGUGUUCUAGUUCUCAGUGUUCCUGGGUCUGAUCUUCUUCUUGGAGCUGAGAGCAGGCAUCAUGUUCUAAUGUUCUAAUGUGGAUGGUAUGGGGCGGCAGGUAGCUUAGUGGUUAAGAGCGUUGUACCAGUAACCGAAAGGUCGCUGGUUCUAAUACCCGAGCCGACUAGGUGAAAAAUCUGUCGAUGUGCCCUUGAGCAAGGCACUUAACCCUAAAUUGCUCCUGUAAGUCGCUCUGGAUAAGAGCGUCUGCUAAAUGACCAAUUUAUUUAUUUAUUUAAUGUUCUCUCUCUGUGUUCUAGUUCUCAGUGUUCCUGGGUCUGAUCUUCUUCUUGGAGCUGAGAGCAGGCAUCAUGUUCUAAUGUUCUAAUGUUCUCUCUCUGUGUUCUAGUUCUCAGUGUUCCUGGGUCUGAUCUUCUUCUUAGAGCUGACAGCAGGCAUCCUGACCUUUGUGUUUAAAGACUGGAUCAAAGACCAGCUCAACUUCUUCAUCAACAACAACGUCAAGGCCUACCGCGACGACAUCGACCUGCAGAACCUCAUAGACUUCACACAGGAAUAUGUCAGUUCUACUAGAUGUGAUAGAGUUAACAGGAAUAUGUCAGUUGUACUAGAUGUGAUAGAGUUAACAGGAAUAUGUCAGUUGUACUAGAUGUUAUAGAGUUAACAGGAAUAUGUCAGUUCUACUAGAUGUUAUAGAGUUAACAGGAAUAUGUCAGUUCUACUAGAUGUGAUAGAGUUAACAGGAAUAUGUCAGUUGUACUAGAUGUUAUAGAGUUAACAGGAAUAUGUCAGUUGUACUAGAUGUUAUAGAGUUAACAGGAAUAUGUCAGUUCUACUAGAUGUUAUAGAGUUAACAGGAAUAUGUCAGUAGUACUAGAUGUUAUAGAGUUAACAGGAUUAUGUCAGUUCUACUAGAUGUUAUAGAGUUAACAGGAAUAUGUCAGUUCUACUAGAUGUUAUAGAGUUAACAGGAUUAUGUCAGUUGUACUAGAUGUUAUAGAGUUAACAGGAAUAUGUCAGUUCUACUAGAUGUUAUAGAGUUAACAGGAUUAUGUCAGUUGUACUAGAUGUUAUAGAGUUAACAGGAAUAUGUCAGUUCUACUAGAUGUUAUAGAGUUAACAGGAUUAUGUCAGUUCUACUAGAUGUUAUAGAGUUAACAGGAAUAUGUCAGUUCUACUAGAUGUUAUAGAGUUAACAGGAUUAUGUCAGUUCUACUAGAUGUUAUAGAGUUAACAGGAAUAUGUCAGUUCUACUAGAUGUUAUAGAGUUAACAGGAUUAUGUGACAGGACAAGUGAUAGGUGAAACUGUACUGGACAGGCAACAUGUCUUGUACCUUUUGCUGUACUGGACUGUACAGGCAGACAGCGCCUUAACCUUGAUUGGAUUACUGUACAAAUGCUGAAGCCAACCAGAGCCUGCCUCUUUAUCAUAGCAGACUUGGUUGUACUAAGACUUUAUAAAGACUCAUAGGUGCUCAUAACGUGUAAUAAAACCUUAUUAUGUGUGUUCUAGUGGUCGUGCUGUGGGGCCCACGGUCCCAAUGACUGGAACCUGAAUAUCUACUUCAACUGCACUGAGUUUAACCCCAGUAGAGAGCGCUGUGGAGUCCCCUUCUCCUGUUGUGUCAAAGACCCUGCCGUAAGAUGCCUUCCUGUGCUGUAGAACUACGUUAUAAACCCUCAGACGUAGACCGUGUCGUAAGACUUUAUUCAGACAUUAACCAUACAUAUUCUAGAGACCCUGCUGGAAGACCCACAUUCUUCUGUUCUCAUGAUAGUUUUGCUUUCAUUCGUUUCAGGAAGAUGUCCUUAACACCCAGUGUGGCUACGACAUGAGACUUCAAGGGGUUGGUAUUUCUCUAUGUGUUUUGCCGUCAGACCCAAUCAGUCUUUUUAAAACCUUGCUGGCCAUUAUCCAGAGACGGAGAGAGAGAGGCGGCUGACAUUUCAGCCUUCCCUCUGAACAUCUAGCCAGGCAUGGAAGUAAGGGGUUAAGUAGCUAGCUAGCUAGUGUUCAGGCUGCUCUCCUCCUCUCUUCCUUAAUAACAGUGGGUUUUUCUUACAGUGCUGAUUUAGACUCCAGUUAUAGCCCUGGGAAGCAUCACAGCACGACGCUCUAUAGUUGGGGAUUCAGUGGGUUAUGCCUCCCUUGUGCGUGUGCGUGUGUGUGCGUGUGCGUGCGCGCACUCUCACUCUCAAUACAGCUCUCAACCAGAGCACUGUUGCUAUGCCUACUGUUAUGUAGCCAAGGCCCAAAUGGCUGACUAUUUGCUGCCAUUUUGUUAGUUUUCCCUACUGUGUACAGGCUUGUAGGCUUUGCUGUGAAAGUCUAUUGAAACAAGCUGUGAGUUUGUUUGUGGAGUGUUUCGGGAGGGGGGGGUGGAGCAAGAAAAUAGCAGAGAUCAUCAAAGAAAACACAAACUGAAAUGGCUCUAGGGGAAGUUCGCUGUCACCAUCGGAAACAUUUCAUUUCAUUGGAUGCCCAGGGAUUCCGUUACCUCCCAUUGGUGGGAGAGUUGGUUUCCAGGUUUUAGCUUUGGAACAAGGGAGUCCUUGGUGGAGUUUCUCUGUAGAGAGACAAAGACGAGCUCUGUGGGGGAGAACCUUUUGUUGCUGGAGCUCAACAGCUUGUGCUUCAGUAGACUUAUAUGGGAACAGAAUAAAAGACAGCUUAACACAGUACACACACAGCUUCAUCCACAGUAUUCACACACAGCUUCAUCCCCAGUAUACACACAGCUUCAUCCCCAGUAUUCACACACAGCUUCAUCCACAGUAUACACACACAGCUUCAUCCACAGUACACACACAGCUUCAUCCCCAGUAUUCACACACAGCUUCAUCCACAGUACACACACAGCUUCAUCCCCAGUAUUCACACACAGCUUCAUCCACAGUAUACACACACAGCUUCAUCCACAGUAUACACACACAGCUUCAUCCCCAGUACACACACACAGCUUCAUCCCCAGUAUACACACAGCUUCAUCCCCAGUAUUCACACACAGCUUCAUCCCCAGUACACACACAGCUUCAUCCCCAGUAUUCACACACAGCUUCAUCCACAGUAUACACACACAGCUUCAUCCCCAGUAUACACACGCAGCUUCAUCCCCAGUAUACACACGCAGUUUCAUCCCCAGUAUUCACACGCAGCUUCAUCUCCAGUACACACACAGCUUCAUCCCCAGUACACACACAGCUUCAUCCCCAGUAUACACACGCAGCUUCAUCCCCAGUAUACACACACAGCUUCAUCCCCAGUAUUCACACGCAGCUUCAUCCACAGUCCACACACAGCUUCAUCCACAGUAUACUCACAGCUUCAUCCCCAGUAUACACACACAGCUUCAUCCCCAGUAUACACACACAGCUUCAUCCCCAGUAUACACACACAGCUUCAUCCCCAGUAUACACACGCAGCUUCAUCCCCAGUAUUCACACGCAGCUUCAUCCCCAGUAUUCACACGCAGCUUCAUCCCCAGAAUACACACGCAGCUUCAUCCCCAGUAUACACACAGCUUCAUCCCCAGUAUACACACGCAGCUUCAUCCCCAGUACACACACAGCUUCAUCCCCAGUACACACACAGCUUCAUCCCCAGUAUUCACACGCAGCUUCAUCCCCAGUAUACACACGCAGCUUCAUCCCCAGUAUACACACAGCUUCAUCCCCAGUAUACACACGCAGCUUCAUCCCCAGUACACACACAGCUUCAUCCCCAGUACACACACAGCUUCAUCCCCAGUAUACACACACAGCUUCAUCCCCAGUACACACACACAGCUUCAUCCCCAGUAUACACACAGCUUCAUCCCCAGUAUUCACACACAGCUUCAUCCCCAGUACACACACAGCUUCAUCCCCAGUAUUCACACACAGCUUCAUCCACAGUAUACACACACAGCUUCAUCCCCAGUAUACACACGCAGCUUCAUCCCCAGUAUACACACGCAGUUUCAUCCCCAGUAUUCACACGCAGCUUCAUCUCCAGUACACACACAGCUUCAUCCCCAGUAUUCACACACAGCUUCAUCCCCAGUACACACACAGCUUCAUCCCCAGUAUUCACACACAGCUUCAUCCCCAGUAUUCACACACAGCUUCAUCCCCAGUACACACACAGCUUCAUCCCCAGUACACACACAGCUUCAUCCCCAGUACACACACAGCUUCAUCCCCAGUAUACACACGCAGCUUCAUCCCCAGUAUACACACGCAGCUUCAUCCCCAGUAUUCACACGCAGCUUCAUCCACAGUCCACACACAGCUUCAUCCACAGUAUACUCACAGCUUCAUCCCCAGUAUACACACACAGCUUCAUCCCCAGUAUACACACACAGCUUCAUCCCCAGUAUUCACACACAGCUUCAUCCCCAGUAUACACACGCAGCUUCAUCCCCAGUAUUCACACGCAGCUUCAUCCCCAGUAUUCACACACAGCUUCAUCCCCAGUAUACACACACAGCUUCAUCCCCAGUAUACACACACAGCUUUUUUUCCCAGUAUACACACGCAGCUUCAUCCCCAGUAUACACACGCAGCUUCAUCCACAGUACACACACAGCUUCAUCCACAGUACACACACAGCUUCAUCCCCAGUAUACACACACAGCUUCAUCCCCACUAUUCACACACAGCUUCAUCCACAGUAUUCACACACAGCUUCAUACCCAGUACACACACAGCUUCAUCCACAGUAUACACACAGCUUCAUCCCCAGUAUUCACACACAGCUUCAUCCCCAGUAUACACACACAGCUUCAUCCACAGUACACACACAGCUUCAUCCCCAGUAUACACACAGCUUCAUCCCCAGUACACACACAGCUUCAUCCCCAGUAUUCACACACAGCUUCAUCCCCAGUAUUCACACGCAGCUUCAUCCCCAGUAUUCACACGCAGCUUCAUUCACAGUACACACACAGCUUCAUCCCCAGUAUUCACACGCAGCUUCAUUCACAGUACACACACAGCUUCAUCCCCAGUAUUCACACACAGCUUCAUCCACAGUAUACACACACAGCUUCAUCCCCAGUAUAUACACACAGCUUCAUCCCCAGUAUAUACACGCAGCUUCAUUCACAGUACACACACAGCUUCAUUCACAGUACACACACAGCUUCAUCCCCAGUAUUCACACACAGCUUCAUCCCCAGUAUUCACACACAGCUUCAUCCCCAGUAUACACACGCAGCUUCAUCCCCAGUAUACACACACAGCUUCAUCCCCAGUACACACACAGCUUCAUCCCCAGUACACACACAGCUUCAUCCCCAGUACACACACAGCUUCAUCCCCAGUACACACACAGCUUCAUCCCCAGUAUACACACAGCUUCAUCCCCAGUAUUCACACACAGCUUCAUCCCCAGUAUUCACACACAGCUUCAUCCCCAGUAUUCACACACAGCUUCAUCCCCAGUAUUCACACACAGCUUCAUCCCCAGUACACACACAGCUUCAUCCCCAGUAUUCACACACAGCUUCAUCCCCAGUAUUCACACACAGCUUCAUCCCCAGUAUUCACACACAGCUUCAUCCCCAGUAUUCACACACAGCUUCAUCCCCAGUACACACACAGCUUCAUCCCCAGUAUUCACACACAGCUUCAUCCCCAGUAUUCACACACAGCUUCAUCCCCAGUAUUCACACACAGCUUCAUCCCCAGUACACACACGCUAGGGCUGUCCCCGACCAACAAAAAUCUUGGUCUACAUAGUGUCGUCUGUUCUUUUUCCAUAUAUAGACACAGCCGUCUGAUGCUUUAAGCGAACUGUAAGAUGAAAUAAUGAAGACACACGUAUGACUAGAGGGAGUCCGACCUCCAUUUCUUGUGCCAGGCCGGGCUCAGACUUGCUGCGCUUUGUUAAAAAAAUGACAGCGAGUGACUGUAACUAACAGUAUGGAGGUAUGAAGGUAGUUUUGUGCCUAGCCAAAAAAGUGGUUAAAUAUGUGUAGUAAAAUAUAUAUAUAUCACCUAAAUAUAGGACAAACUCUUUAAAACCUUUGUCGUCGUGAAUUACUUUUUGACUGUCUUUUUUUUGGCAUUUAUGAAUGUGUUAUUCAAUGUGUUUCUCACGGCUAUAGUAGUAAAGGCCAAAUUCUAUAUUUUAUAAAAAUCAUUACUUCAUAUUUUUUUUUUAAUUACUUAAAAUAGUUCCUAAAAUUCUAAAUAAAAUAGCUAAAUGAUCUAACUUAGUCUCUCUAUUAAACUGUCAACAUUUCCUCCUCUUUCCAAGGGUGGUUUGAUGCUCAUGCAGCUAGUUGGUCAGCUAGCCUAUAGGCUAUGGCGCUUGAUAUGUGGACUUUAUUUUAUAAAAUGCAUGUUUUCAUUGCUUGCUAGUGAAUAAAUAUGUCUUCUUUAAAAAAAAAAAAAAAAAAUUUUGGAUGUGUCUGACUUCAUGAAUUAUUCAACAGCAGUUGACAAGGUGUGUCUGACUUCAUGAAUUAUUCAACAGCAGUUGACAAGGUGUGUCUGACUUCAUGAAUUAUUCAACAGCAGUUGACAAGGUGUGUCUGACUUCAUGAAUUAUUCAACAGCAGUUGACAAGGUGUGUCUGACUUCAUGAAUUAUUCAACAGCAGUUGACAAGGUGUGUCUGACUUCAUGAAUUAUUCAACAGCAGUUGACAAGGUGUGUCUGACUUCAUGAAUUAUUCAACAGCAGUUGACAAGGUGUGUCUGACUUCAUGAAUUAUUCAACAGCAGUUGACAAGGUGUGUCUGACUUCAUGAAUUAUUCAACAGCAGUUGACAAGGUGUGUCUGACUUCAUGAAUUAUUCAACAGCAGUUGACAAGGUGUGUCUGACUUCAUGAAUUAUUCAACAGCAGUUGACAAGGUGUGUCUGACUUCAUGAAUUAUUCAACAGCAGUUGACAUGUGUACAUAUUACUUCAACUACCUCAACUAGCCGGUGCCCCCGCACAUUGACUCUGCUCCGGUACCCCCCUGUAUAUAUAGCCUCCCUACUGUCACUUUAUUUUACUGUAUAUAUAGCCUCCCUACUGUUAUUUUAUUUUACUUCUGCUCUUUUUUUUCUCAACACUUUUUUUGUUGUUGUUUUUAUUUUUACUUUUUUUGUUAAAAAUAAAUGCACUGUUGGUUAAGGGCUGUAAGUAAGCAUUUCACUGUAAUGUCUGCACCUGUUGUAUAGUCGGCGCAUGUGGCCAAUACAAUUUGAUUUGAUUUGAUUUGAAGGUUUUUCUAGCUCUGAGGCCUAUAAUGGGCUAAUGUUGUUGUCAAAUGGACAAUGGGCCAGUCCUCUCCAACCUGGCAUGGUAUAAUAUGAUACUGAAUCUUUUCUUCAUUUAUAGAUGAAUCAAUGCUGAUAAAUAGGCUGUGGACAUGCCACAUGUAUUUGUUUUCUAUUUUAAUGAUUGUUAAUUUCAUACUAUGGCACAGCUGUCCCCUUCAUACUGUCCUGGUCAAUUCAUUAUCGUAUAGCCUACUUUCGGAAAGCCUAAGGUAUGCCUAUGUUUUUUUUAUAUAAGUUUUAAGGAAAAUAUAAAUAUUUGACAUACGCUGGUGGCUUUUAUUGACUGGAUCUUUUGCGGGAGUGUGUGAGUUCGCUGAUUCUCUUUAUAGGCCUAUAUGUCCAUUCACAGAGUUCCCUAAAGGAGCCUGUGUGGAUUCCAUCUCUUUAAUAAGAAUCAAACGCUCCUGUCUUGAUUUAAUCUUGUUAAAUGCCUGUUUUCAGUAGCUUAGGCUACGUUAUUUAUCUUAUUACGACAUGCCAAUGCCAAUGCCAUCGAAUGACCGCAGCAGCAGGGUUUGUGACGUUAUGCGAAUAUUCGGUAAAUUUAGAAAAAAAAACAUUGGACGUGUGAAUGGAUUUUUGCAUCGAAAUAGGAUUUACUUUUUUUGAUUAGCAGAAAAGCCAAAGGACUAAUUAAGCAUAUCUUUAUGCCGUCAUGUGCUAAUGUUGUGUCAAUACGAAAAUGCUGUAGAUCCUCUCCAACCGGGCUUUUCUUGUUUGUUGAUUAAAUAUUUACAAGUAAUAACCUGAAUAAUAAUAUUAAUAAUAAUAGCUUGUUUCAAAUAGGUUUUAUUAAGAAACAUAUCCAUGUAAACAAGUGUACUAACAGAAUUGUGACGUCCCCUUUUACACAGGGCCUUGUAGGCCUAAGACAGCAUUAACAUACUUUUAAACAAAAUGGCUGCAUACCAAAAAUACAUGGAAAGAAAAGGAGAAACCAGUAACCAAAUGGCACCCUAUUCCAUUUAUAGUGCACUUCUUUCACCUAGACACCAUAGGAAAUAUGGUGCCAUUUGGGAAUCAUCUAUUAUUUAAUCAUCCUUCAUGUUCUAUGAGUCAUAGUCAAUGUCCAGUGGUUUGGUUUGGUCUGGUCUGGUCUGGUUUGGUCUGGUUUGGUCUGGUCUGGUUUGGUCUCGUCUGGUUUGGUCUGGUUUGGUUUGGUUUGGUUUGUUCUGGUUUGGUCUGGUUUGGUCUGGUCUGGUUUGGUCUGGUUUGGUUUGGUUUGGUUUGGUCUGGUUUGGUCUGGUCUGGUUUGGUCUGGUCUGGUUUGGCUAACUGUAUUAAAACAUGUCUCCUAUUUCCCCUCCCAGGAGUUGGACCAGCAAAAGUUCAUCUACACCAAGGGUUGUGUGGGCCAGUUCGAGAGGUGGCUUCAGGACAACCUGAUCAUUGUAGCUGGGGUCUUUGUGGGCAUUGCACUUUUACAGGUAAGCAGGACUCCCAGAGACAUUAUUUCAGAAAUGUUCAGUACCAGUCAAAAGUUUGGACACACCUACUCAUUCAAGGGGUUUUCUUUAUUUUUACUAUUUUGUACAUUGUCAAAAUAUAUUUUAUAUUUGAGAUUCUUCAAAGUAGCCACCCUUUGCCCUGAUGACAGUUUUGCACACUCUUGGCAUUCUCUCAACCAGCUUCAUGAGGUAGUAACCUGGAAUGCAUUUCAAUUAACAGGUGUGCCUUGUUAAAAGUUAAUUUGUGGAAUUUCUUUCCUUCUUAAUGCGUUUGAGCCAAUCAGUUGUGUUGUGACAAGGUAGGGGUGGUAUACAGAAGAUAGCCCUAUUUGGUAAAAGACCAAGUCCAUAUUAUGGCAAGAACAGCUCAAAUAAGCAAAUAGAAAUGACAGCCCAUCAUUACUUUAAGACAUGAAGGUCAGUCAGUCCGGAAUAUUUCAAAAACGUUCAAAGUUUCUUCAAGUGCAGUUGCAAAAACCAUCAAGGGCAAUGAUGAAACUGGCAAUCAUGAGGACCGCCACAGGAAUGGAAGACCCAGAGUUACCUCUGCUGCAGAGGAUAAGUUCAUUAGCGUUACCAGCCUCAGAAAUUGCAGCCCAAAUAAAUGCUUCACAGAGUUCAAGUAACAGACACAUCUCAACAUCAACUCUUCAGAGGGGACUGCGUGAAUCAGGCCUUCAUGGUUGAAUUGCUGCAAAGAAACCACUACUAUAUCAUGAUAAGCUGUAGACCACACUAUUUACCAAGAUCAUUUUCAUCUAUAUUUUUCGUAGCUGUCUAUUUACCACCACAAACCAAUGCAGGCACUAAGAGUGCACUCAAUGAGCUGUAUAAGGCCAUAAGUAAACAGGAAAACGCUCAUCCAGAGGCAGUGCUCCUAGUGGCCGGGGACUUUAAUGCAGGGAAACUUAAAUCCGUUCUACCUCAUUUCUACCAGCAUGUUAAAUGUGCAACCAGAGGAAAAAAAACUCUAGACCACCUUUACUCCACACACAGAGACGCAUACAAAGCUCUCCCUCGCCCUCCAUUUGGCAAAUCUGACCAUAACUCUAUCCUCCUGAUUCCUGCUUAUAAGCAACAACUAAAGCAGGAAGCACCAGUGACUCGGUUAAUAAGGAAAUGGUCAGAUGACACAGAUGCAAAGCUACAGGAUUGUUUUGCUGGCACAGACUGGAAUAUGUUCUGGGAUUCUUCCUAUAGCAUUGAGGAGUACACCACAUCAGUCACUGGCUUCAUCAAUAAGUGCAUCGAUGACGUCAUCCCCACAGUGACCAUACGUACAUACCCCAACCAGAAGCCAUGGAUUACAGGCAACAUCCGCACUGAGCUAAAGGGUAGAGCUGCCGCUUUCAAGGAGCGGGACUCUAACCUGGACGCUUAUAAGAAAUCUCGCUAUGUCCUCCGACGAACCAUCAAACAGGCAAAGAGUCAAUACAGGACUAAGAUUGAAUCGUACUACACCGGCUCUGACGCUCGUCGGAUGUGGCAGGACAAAACUAUUACAGACUACAAAGGGAAGCACAGCCACGAGCUGCCCAGUGACACGAGCCUACCAGACGAGCUAAAUUACUUCUAUGCUCGCUGAAACACUGAAACAUGCAUGAGAGCACCAGCUGUUCCGGAUGACUGUGUGAUCACGCUCUCCGUAGCCGAUGUGAGUAAGACCUUCAAACAGGUCAACAAUCACAAGGCCGCAGGACCAAACGGAUUACCAGGACGUGUACUCCGGGCAUGUGCUGACCAACUGGAAAGUGUCUUCACUGACAUUUUCAACAUGUCCCUGACUGAGUCUGUAAUACCAACAUGUUUCAAGCAGUCCACCAUAGUCCCUGUGCCCAAGAGUACUAAGAUAACCUGCCUAAAUGACUACCGACCCAUAGCACUCACGUAUGUAGCAAUGAAGUGCUUUGAAAGGCUGGUCAUGGCUCACAUCAACACCAUUAUCCCAGAAACCCUCUCCAAUUUGCAUACCGCCCCAACAGAUCCACAGAUGAUGCAAUCUCUAUUGCACUCCACACUGCCCUUUCCCACCUGGACAAGAGGAACACCUACGUGAGAAUGCUAUUCAUUGACUACCAUCUCAGCGUUCAACACCAUAGUGCCCUCAAAGCUCAUCACAAGCUCAUCAUUAGGACCCUGGGACUAAACACCUCCUUCUGCAACUGGAUCCUGGACUUCCUGACGGGCUGCCCCCAGGUGGUAAUGGUAGGUAACAACACAUCUGCCACGCUGAUCCUCAACACGUGGGCCCCUCAGGGGUGCGUGCUCAGUCCCCUUCAGUGUUCAUUCAUGAAUGCAUGGCCAGGCACGACUCCAACACCAUCAUUAAGUUUGCCGAUGACACACCAGUGGUAGGCCUGAUCACCGACAACGAUGAGACAGCCUAUAGGGAGGAGGUCAGAGAUCUGGCCGUGUGGUGCCAGUAUAACAACCUCUCCCUCAACGUGAUCAAGACAAAGGAGAUGAUUGUGUACUACAGGAAAAAAAAGAGGACUGAGCACGCCCCCAUUCUCAUCGACGUGGCUGUAGUGGAACAGGUUGAGAGCACCUUGGUGUCCACAUCACUAACAAACUAUCAUGGUCCAAACACACCAAGACAGUCGUGAAGAGGGCACGACAAAGCCUAUUCCCCCUCAGGAGACUGAAAACAUUUGGCAUGGGUCCUCAGAUCCUCAGGACCAUCGAGAGCAUCCUGACUGGUUGCAUCACCACCUGGUAUGGCAACUGCUCGGCCUCCGACCGCAAGGCAAUACAGAGGGUAAUGCGUACGGCCCAGUACAUCACUGGGGCCAAAAAUUGUCAAAGACUCCAGCCACCCUAGUCAUAGACUGUUCUCUCUGCUACCGCACGGCAAGCGGUACCGGAGUGCCAAGUCUAGGUCCAAAAGGCUUCUUAACAGCUUCUACCCCAGAGCCAUAAUACUCCUGAACAGCUGAUCAUGGCUACCCAGACUAUUUGCAAUGUCCCCCCACCCCACCCGCGCUUUUACGCUGCUGCUACUCUGUUAAUUAUUUAUGCAUAGUCACUUUAACUCUGCCCACAUGGACAUAUUACCUCAACUACCUCAACUAGCCGGUGCCCCCGCACAUUGACUCUGCACCGGUACCCCCCUGUAUAUAUAGCCUCCCUACUGUUAUUUUAUUUUACUGCUGCUCUUUAAUUUUUGCUAUUUUAAUUUUUUUCUUGAACUGCAUUGUUGGUUAAUGGCUUGUAAGGAAGCAUUUCACUGUAAGGUCUACACCUGUUGUAUUUGGCGCAUACAUUUUUGGCAAAUAAAAUUUGAUUUGAUUUAAAGGACACCAAUUAGAAUAAGAGACUUGCUUGGGCCAAGAAACACGAGCAAUGGACAUUAGACCGGUGGAAAUCUGUCCUUUGGUCUGAUGAAUCCAAAUUUGAGAUUUUUGGUUCCAAUAGCUGUGUCUUUGUGAGACGCAGGGUAGGUGAACGGAUGAUCUCUGCAUGUGUGGUACCCACCGUGAAGCAUGGAGGAGGAGAUGUGAUGGUGUGGGGGUGCUUUGCUGGUGACGAUGUUGGUGAUUUAUUUAGAAUUCAAGGCACACUUAACCAGCAUGGCUACAACAGCAUUCUGCAGCGAUACGCCAUCCCAUCUGGUUUGGGCUUAGUGGGUCUAUCAUUUGUUUUUCAACAGGACAAUGACCCAACACACCUCCAGGCUGUGUAAGGGCUAUUUGACCAAGAAGGAGAGUGAUGGAGUGCUGCAUCAGAUGACCUGGCCUCCACAAUCACACGACCUCAACCCAAUUGAGAUGAUUUGGGAUGAUUUGGACCGCAGAGUGAAAGAAAAGCAACCAACAAGUGCUCAGCAUAUGUGGAAACUCCUUCAAGACUGUUGGAAAAGCAUUCCAGGUGAAGCUGGUUGAGAGAAUGCCAAGAAUGUGCAAAGCUGUCAUCAAGGCAAAGGGUGGCUACUUAGAAAAAUCUAAAAUCGAUUUUGAUUUGUUUAACACUUUUUUGGUUACUACAUGAUUCCAUGUGUGUUAUUUCAUAUUUUUGAUGUCUUCACUGUAGAAAAUAGUAAAAAAUAAAGAAAAACCCUUGAAUGAUUAGGUGUGUCCAAACUGUUGACUGGUACUGUAUAUUUAAAGAGUCAGCUUUUGUGUGAAUCAGAUAAAUAAUGUCUGCAUUUGCAGUCACCGUCAUGGCUGGAAGUCAGGGUUUCCUUUAGCCGGCAAUUACCGACUUUUAGCCCCAAAAAAUAAUAUGAUAGCCGAUAAAUAAAACUGUUGCCGGCCAAAAUGACCUGACAAAAACAAUCCCUAUAUAAUGCUUUUUAUUAAUUGAUGGAAAUACCAGUCGAUGGAAAUACUUUUGACCAUCAUGCUUAUCAGUCUAUAGGUUAAUAUGCAUCAUUUAUUGGAAUUAAAUUGGCCUGUGUGUAUUUUUGUUAGUCAUCAUGUAUCUUAUUUAUUGACUGGUCCUUUUACGGGGGUGAGUUUGCUGAUUCUCUCUCUAGGCCUAUACAGUGCAUUCGGAAAGUAUUUCAGACCCCUUGACUUUUUGCACAUUUUGUUACAUUACAGCCUUAUUCUAAAAUGUAUCAAUUUAAUUAUUUUCCUCAUCAAUUUACACACAAUACCCCAUAAUGACAAGGCGAAAACAGGUUUUUAGAACUUUUGCAAAAAACUGAAACCUUAUUUACAUAAGUAUUCAGACCCUUUGCUAUGGGACUCGAAAUUGAGCUCCGGUGCAUCCUGUUUCAAUUGAUUAUCCUUGAGAUGUUUCUACAACUUGAUUGAAGUCCACCUGUGGUAAAUUCAAUUGAUUGGACAUGAUUUGGAAAGGCACACACCUGUCUAUAUAAGGUCCCACAGUUGACAGUGCAUGUCAGAGCAAAAACCAAGCCAUGGUGUCGAAGGAAUUGUCCGUAAAGCUCCGAGACAGGAUUGUGUCGAGGCACAGAUCUGGGGAAGGGUACCAAAAAAUGUCUGGAGCGUUGAAGGUCCCCAAGAACACAGUGGCCUCCAUCAUUCUAAAACGGAAUAUGUUUGGAACCACCAAGACUCUUCCUAGACCUGGCCACCCGGCCAAACUGAGCAAUCAGGGGAUAAGGGCCUUGGUCAGGGAGGUGACCAAGAACCCGAUGGUCACUGACAGAGCUCCAGAGUUCCUCUGUGGAUGUGGGAGGCCUUUAUGGUAGAGUGGCCAGACGGAAGCCACUCCUCAGUAAAAGGUACAUGACAGCCCGCUUGGAGUUUGCCAAAAAGCACCUAAAGGACUCUCAGACCAUGAGAAACAAGAUUCUCUGGUCUGAUGAAACCGAGAUUGAACUCUUUGGCCUGAAUGCCAAGCGUCACGUCUGGAGGAAACCAGGCACCGCUCAUCACCUGGCUAAUACCAUCCCUACGGUGAAGCAUGGUGGUGGCAGCAUCAUGCUGUGGGGAUGUUUUUCAGUGGCAGGGACUGGGAGACUAGUCAGGAUCAAGGGAAAGAUGAACGGAGCAAAGUACAGAGAGAUACUUGAUGAAUACCUGCUUCGGAGUGCUCAGGACCUCAGACUGGGGCAAAGGUUCACCGUCCAACAGGACAUCAACCCUAAGCACACAGCCAAAACAAUACUUGGUGGCUUCGGGACAAGUCUCUGAAUGUCCUUGAGUGGCCCAGCCAGAGCCCUGACUUGAACCCGAUCGAACAUCUCUGGAGAGACCUGAAAAUAGCUGUGCGGUGACUCUCCCCAUCCAACCUGACAGAGCUUGAGAGGAUCUGCAGAGAAGAAUGGGAGAAACUCCCCCAAAUACAGGUGUGCCAAGCUUGUAGCGUCACACCGAAGAAGACUCGUGGCUGUAAUCGCUGCCAAAGGUGCUUCAACAAAGUACUGAGUAAAGGGUAAAUAUUCUUAUGUAAAUGUAAUAUUCGAACAACCUGUUUUUGCUUUGUCAUUAUCGGAUAUUGUUUGUAGAUUGAUGAGGUAAAAAAAAGCUAUUUAAUCCAUUUUAGAACAAGACUGUAACGUAACAAAAUGUGGAAAAAGUAAAGUGGUCUGAAUACUUUCAGAAUAUUCCGAAAGUUUCCUAAAGGAGGCUGUCUGGUCUCCAUCUCGUUAAUAAGAAUCAAACUCUCUUGUCAUGAUUUAAUCUUGUAAAUGGCCUAUUUUCAGUAGCUUAGGCUACAUUAUUUCUCUCAUUACGGCGUCCUGUCUUUGAAGAACAUGUGCCAAUGCCACAUCCAUCAAAUGACCGAAAUGUAAAAGUCAACUAAUGCGAGAACACCAUCCUCUGCCAUAUGGACGCAUUGAUACACCGUGAUCCAUUGGCGGAUAAAGAAAUGAGCGCAUGGAACUCACAGCCUAUAAGCCAACGCAGCAGUAGGACCAGAACUUCCACACCGAGGAUUGGUGAUUAUCGAGGGGCAGAUUGUUGGAAAGAUUUUUAAAAUAGCUUACUGUGAGGAACUAUAGUUUCAAAAUAUUAUCAUACGCAAUGGAAGUUAAAAAAAACAACAACGAUUUCCUACAUUUCCGCGCAGCAGGCCAGGUACUCAGGCGUUCACGAUCCCUCAACAUUAUCAGGACAGAGAAACCAGACACAUGAGCACUCCAAACAUUUUAUUUUUUUACAAAUCUCGUAAAUGAUGGGGCAACAGUUCACACAAUGAAACAAUGAAUGUGAAAUAAUUGAUGGAAGAGAGCUGAGCCAUUCUGGAAUGAGACGUCUCUUCUACCUCACACCGCCUCCCCUUCUUCUUGCCUCAACGUUUUAAAGUUAUACUCGAGACAUUAUCUUCACACACAUUUGAGAUACUUUUCACUGACAGCCUCAACUCAAUAAUCAGCUAGGCCUAUUGCCAAUGGCGCUCUGCCCAUAUUGUGUGCUUCCCAAAUAGGCAUACGAGCUUUUGAUUUGAAACAAUCCACUGCUUUAAAAAAAAAAAAAAAAAAAACAAGCUAAUGAUCCUCAAUGUUUUUUUUUGGGAGGGGGGCGAAGUAUUGUGAAUGAUUUUCAUUUUUUCUGUAUAGACAGGAGUAAUUAUAUAAUUUUGGCAAAUGUAUUUCUAUUGACUUUCCUAUUGGACCCAGCACUAUGCCAUUUCUCUCCUGUUCUAUUGGUUUUCAUAUCAACUUUCUUUCAUUGUCCAGAAGCCAUAAUCCUCCUAGAUUGUUGCAUCUUUAGAUUCCCCCUCUUUCUAAUCUUCAAACAGAGAUUUUCAUUUUCAUCUCUGUCAGAUAUGGAUCCUCUUUCAGCUGUGCAGUUUAGAAUGGUGUUUUUCCCACGAAUUGCAUUUUGGCAAAUGUUUGAAAAAUUACAUUUUAUUGGCUGCUUCAUUACAGGAGUUGCAUGUUCUCUUAAGAGCUAUUACCAUAAUCAAAAUGUGAUUUCUGUCAUUCUGAGCACUGUGGGUAGAUGACCUAAUGGGUUUAUGCACCCAAUGCAUAUGGGUCCGGUACAUUUCUGAAAUGGGCGUUAAAUUAAAAUCUUCUCGGUCAUAUUGUCCGCCGCCACAUUUUCCGAACGGAAACCCUGCUGGGAGUGUGUAUUUAAUUUGAGGCUGCCAUCUGGUGGCGAGAAUCAUGAUUACAUCCUUUUCCUUGUGUGUCACUCUAAAUCAGAGAACCUUCGAUGCUUUAAAUGUCAGUUGGCUACGUGCCAGAGGCAGUUACUUAACCUGUGAUGUCAUUUCCUGUUUAGAUAUUUGGGAUCUGCCUGGCUCAGAACCUGGUGAGUGACGUCAAGGCUGUGAAGGCCAACUGGUGA